AUGGCAAUUCUUUCUCCAAAUUUCGCAAUAUCUGGUGGAGGAAUGGUGAGCACAGAUGCUCCUGAGAUAGCUCCGAAAGAAAAGAUCGAGCAUUGUUUAAAUUUUCAAGUUGUCAGGGAGCAGCUCAUAAGCAUGGAUUUCCAGCACAGAGCUGGAGGGAAGACAGGCACGGGAGGCGUUGCCUCUGCCUCAGAGUCAAACAGGGACCGCAGGGAACGAUUGCGCCAACUUGCCUUGGAGACGAUAGAUCUAAAUAAGGAUCCCUAUUUUAUGAAGAACCACCUGGGGUCUUAUGAGUGUAAACUGUGUCUAACACUUCACAACAAUGAAGGCAGCUACUUGGCCCAUACACAGGGGAAGAAGCAUCAGGCUAACUUGGCUCGCCGUGCUGCUAAGGAAGCUAAAGAUGCACCUGCCCAGCCUGCUCCGGAGAAAGCAAGGGUCGAUAUUAAAAAGUUUGUCAAGAUUGGGAGACCUGGUUACAAAGUAACUAAGCAACGUGAUCCAGACAACAAUCAACAGAGCCUCUUGUUCCAAGUUGAUUACCCAGAGAUCGUUGAAGGGAUUGCCCCACGUCACAGAUUUAUGUCUGCUUAUGAACAAAAGGUAGAGCCACCAGACAGGAAGUGGCAGUAUUUACUUUUCGCUGCUGAACCAUAUGAAACAAUAUCUUUCAAGGUUCCAAGUAGAGAAGUGGAUAAAGACCCAAAACGAUUCUGGAGCCAUUGGAACAAGGAAACAAAGCAGUUUUUCCUCCAGUUUGCCUUCAAGGCUGAGCCCAAGCAGAUUGUCCCCCCAAAAGAAGAGAAAUCACAAGUCCAGAGUGGCCCCCCACGACAAGGAGGACAACCUAACAGAGGCCCACCAGGACCUCCAGGAGUUGGAGAUGGUCCCACUGGUGUAGGGGAUGGACCUGAUAGUAGGAACCUCCCCCCACCUGGCAUGCGAGAUGGACCACCAGGCAUGGGAGAUGGACCUCCAGGAAUGAGGGAUGGACCUCCACCAGGAAUGAGAGGCGGUCCACCAGGCAUGAGAGAUGGACCACCACCAGGAAUGAGAGAUGGUCCACCUGGAGUGAGAGGGCCACCCCCUAAUAUGGGAGGACCCCCUCCUGGUAUGGGAGGACCACCCCCUGGAAUGGGAGGACCUCCUCCAGGAAUGAGGGGACCACCUCCUCCAAUGAGACAUCCUGGUCCUCCACCCCCUGGGGUUCCACCCCCUACCUCUCAAGGAUUUAACCAAAAUGGCCCCCCUCCCAGGUUCAGCAAUGCCCCUGGUAUGCCCAUGCCUCCCCCACCCCCAAUGAUGGGAGUUCCUCCCCCAGCUCCCCCCAGAGGAGCACCACCUCCUAACAUGAACAUACCUCCCCCUGGACCUCCAAGUGGUGCUCCACCUCCAGGAGUGCCCCCUCCUCCUAGUGGCCCUGGGGGCCCCCCAGCUCCUGUGCCUCCCUCUGGUAUGCCCCCUGCCCCGGGAACAGGACCACCUCCACCCCCUCCAACUUCAUCAAACAACUUCAUUCCCCGAUGAGUACACUAAGUAUUGACCCUGAUACUUCCAUAGACUUGUGAUGGGAGCAACCAUACUAGGUUUAACAUGAACCUUAGAACAGUGUAAAAUAGAAUAACGUCUUUUAAAUAAAAUAAUGAUAAAUAAUAUACAGUAUCUGUCCAAUUACUUGCUGUGACCUCCAAAAUAACCGCGAGGAAAUGUUGUAAAUGGAAAAAAUUAUGAUUAGUUUAAAGGGAAAACAUGUGAUAGGUCAAAUUCUUGACGAUUCGUUUCGGUAACAAAAUGUCGGAACAUUGAAGGUACGAUUAUUCUUUUUUCCUUAUUUCACAUGUUGUAGGCAGAAUCUUGACGUUUUUUCUCACAAACAUAUAUCAGUUUCAUAUGUUUUAGAAAAUGUACAUGUUUGCGAAAAAAUAGCUCAGAAGACAAC